CCUGAGAUAACCCAAGGUUGUAGAUAUAGCUCUAAUUAAUUGCACAGAUUAGGCCAUUCUUAACUACAUAAUCGAAAGCAUUGCUUGGCGUUUUCGACUUCUGUCUUCUGUCGUUGGAAUUUCAAAACAAGCACUUGAUACAAAUGUCGACCAUGACGAACGCACGUGUCGCUCGGGCAAUUAGUCUGCUACUGUAUAUGGCGGUCUGCGGUAUGUCGCAGGAUAUCGAUGAGGUGAACAUUUAUCAGGAUCAUCGCGACAUAAUGCAGCUUGACCAGCAGCUGAGUCACCUGUCAGCCCAGUUUGGUCUGAUGGAGGGUCGAGUGGACGCCACUCGACAAGCUAUAUUCCAGGAAAUAACGAAACUGGAUCAUGACGUCAAGACGCACAGCGCGGAUAUUCACGCGACGAAGACGGUUGUGACGACAUUGGUAGAAGACAAUGUCAAUAUGCAGGGGAAAAUUCGCACCUUGCAAGGUGUAGGUUCCGACGUCAACGGUCUGCGCACGCGCGUGGACAGAGUGGAAGGUGACGUCACACGUAAAAUGACAGCGUCUGACAAUCGUAUUGAAAGGGUAGAGGGUUCGCUGAAUAGUCAAUGGGACGCCUACCAGAAAGUAACAGUGGCCAUGAACGAAAAACUGCAAGGCUACGAGACGGCUAUUUCCAAGCUGAAAAACGACGUCACAUCUGAGUUCGGGAAGAUAAAGCACACGAUGGAGCAGACGGUGACCGAACUCCGGGAGCAAUACGAGUCGAGACUGGCCUCGGUAGAGCGCCUCCUGCAGAAAUAACGCGACCACGUCGGGUCUGCGGAGUUGUUCAGUUUAAUUCACUGACCAUUAGGCGUUGACAAGUAGUUCGUUUCAACUAAUCCGACCGACCAAACAUUUUCGCAGACCAUAUACUUUUUGGUAUUUCAGGCUGAUUUUUCGAUCAUUUUCUUAUCUCACUAAAAAAAUUUAAGUGUGUGGUCAUUUUUACUAUCAAAGAUAUUUUUCGAUGAUAUCCGCUUAAUUUAUUUUAAUAGACUAAAAAUAACCGAAGAAAGAGUGUUGAAGACAUAUUUGAGAUAUUUCUGCAUGUUACUGCUCAUUGAAAGUAAUUUUGGUAGAGUGACAAAAAUGGAAAUACAAUGUUUCAGAUUUACAAAUGUUCGUUGUAGUUAUGAUAUUUUACGCGAAACGAUUGAAUAAUUUGGAGAGUUAGUUGUUAUCGUUACAUUUUGUGAAAUAACGAGGAAUAUAUACAGUAAAUAAAACAUCAAUUACUGUAUGAGCAGGGAUGGUCGAGUGCUUUCAGUGCAAGACUCCAAUGGUCAGUGGAUCGAGCUCUGUUGAGGAUUACUUUUCUCUUUAUUUAAUUUUAAUCAUAUGCUUUGUGGAGCUAUUUAGUUUCGAUGUUUACAUUGAUCAAAUUAAAGCAUUUAAUGACUAUGCAUGCGAAAUCUGUGAAAGGUUAAAAGAAAAAAGUGUAUUCGAUUUCCAAACCUUGUUUUGUACGUAUUGUUAGUGGAAACAAAUUACUUUUGUAGGCCUUAAUAUCGUUGUUUGUAUGUAUAGAUCUACUAUGUCUGAUUGAACAGAAAAGCAUUGGUUCAAUAUCCCAAAAAUAGAAAGUAAAUUAUGCAAUCGAUUAUUCAAAAUAUUUAUUAAAAUGCAUUCUGUGUAAAAAAAACUUUUUAAAACAAAUAUGAAGUUAAGAUAAUAAAACUGGAAGCUCUAUACACUUGCGGUGAAAACAUGUUUCACAUCGUUAUAAAAAAGAAAAACAGUGUUAGAUAAAAAAAUUUUUUUAAUUAACUUAUUAUUAUCACGUUGAUUGCAUCUGUUUCUCGUUUAAUACUAUCAGUUUGAUUGUGAGAAUUUUCUACAACCAUAUUUUUGUGUCAGUUUUUUAAGUGAAUAUAUAAUGCAUUCGUUGUUAUUAGUCUGCAAUCAAAAAGUUAUUUUACUGCGAAAUGCUUUCAGUAACCACGGGUGCCGGUCACCUGGUUUUCUUUCGACAUAUAAACAGAUGGCAAAUAUGUGUAGCAGUUAUAAUUGACAAAGCUGUUAUAAUAAUGGUGCUAUAACUGAUGGCCAGACAGUUUCUACUGUUUCAAUAAUUGCAGGGUUUUAACAUCGCAGCAGGAUGCAGUGCAAUGAUUUUGUUAUAAAUUCAAUAUAAUAUCAGUGCUUUCUUAAUCGCGAGUUACAUUCAGUAAUGACAUGUGGGGGAUUUAUAGUUGAUGCAGCAUAUAAAAUGUAUGACCGUAUGUAAACUUUAAGUCUGUUUAUUUUGGGUUUACAGGUUUGUAUCUGUUGUUUGUUGUAAAUAAACAUCAACUGCGAU